AAAGCAUAUGUAUCGAAUUCGAGCUAAAGUGGUGCGGGAAAACCGGAAAAGCCACGGGAUUGGGGUAGCACCGUCGCCACCGAAAAAGAGACGAGGAAAACACGCCCUGCCCCCAAAGAAACACGCCGCAGGCGUGGACCGGACCGCGGGUCUGUGCGACGCCCGGCACCCACAGAUCCCACGAAAUUGUCCUCCGCGGCGCACUGAACCUCGCUCCACUGACCCAGGGCGGCCGCCAUGGGCUCCUACCGCUACAGCUCCGCCUCGCAGUUCUUCUUCGCCGCCGGCGAAGCCGGCCCCGGCCCCGCCGCGCGCAAGCCCGCCAGAACCGUGCGGAUCCCCGUCACCACGCCUCAGGACGCGGCGGCCGCCAGGAUCCAGGCGGCGUUCCGGAGCCGCCGGGUCCGGAGGCACGUCGCGGCCGUGCGCUCCGCCGACGCCGAGGCGACGCGGCUCGAGCGGCUGCUCCGGCGGCAGGAGACCGUGGACGCCGUCCGCGGCGACGACCGCGAGCGCGCGCGCUUCUCGGAGGCGCUCAUGGCCGUGCUGCUCCGCCUCGACGCCGUCCCGGGCCACGACCCGGCCGUGCGGGAGGCCCGGCGCGCCGUCAGCCGCCGCGUCGUCGGCCUCCAGGAGGUGUUCGACUCCGUGCUCGCGGCGCCCGAGGCCGACACCUACGGCGUCCCGGCGAGCCUGGCCCAGGUUCUCGAGGGGAUCUGGGGCAUCGGAGAGGCGCCGGUUGCGCCGCCGCCGCCGGCGGUGGCCGCGGAGGAGGAGGCGAGGAGGAGUGGCUGGGGCAGGUUUUUCGCGGUACUUUAGCGCGCGCGCUCCCGCGACUGUGAGAUCGUAGUAUACCGCGUAUAAAUACGUGUAUCUCGUGGAUGCUUACGAUCGUAGUAUACCAAGUGGUACAGUGAUGAUAUAUGAACAUGGAACGAAUACCUACAGUGAUAUAGAUAUAUUUAGGCUCAGUUCUUUCGUCAGAAUCUAGAAUCAGACCCUACCCAGUUUCUCCCACAAUCUGUGAGCCUCGUUUGUUUUACAAUUCUAUUGGGAGAAUCUGAUAAUCUGGCAAAAGAACUGGCCCAUACUCUACUUUGCUGGUGCCUGUGCCUGGUUGCAUUUGAACUGGGGAUUUUGUUUGACAUUGUA